GUGUUUCCUCCUUCUCUGUUGCAUCGGCGGUCGCGCUCACCACACACGUACGGGGUUCUUAUUUCUCCUUUCAGUGCUGCGCCGUGUCACCGCACUCGUAUGUCUGCCAACUGCACCGGUGCGCUUUGGUUUUUGUGGUCCUGAUGUGAAAGGGCUGUGAAUCAUGGCCAAAUGCCGUGUGCCGGGGCGGUACAUGCUCCUGACCCUGCUGUUUGUUGGCAACACCAUACUCUCAACGCACAAAUUCGACCUGGGCAUCGCAGUUUUGGCCAUGACGAAGCAGGUGCCAGGGGCAGACGAAGCUGAAGUUUUUGUGGCCGUUAAUUCUGGGCUCGAGCAAGACAAUCUCACAGUAUCAGGACUGUUCAACAAUGCCUCCCGCUUUGCUGUGGUGAACAACAGUGAGGUAGCAAAAGAUGGUGCCCUCAUCACAACCACCCCAGCAGUGUCCCCGGAGGAGGAAAGGGCAGGUGCACCUUCAUUCUCGUGGUCACCCUCAGUGCAGGGUGUCAUCCUGGGUGCAUACUUUUACGGAGUCAUUAUGCCCCAGGUUCUCGGCGGGCGGCUUGCAGAGCGCUUCAGUGCCAAGUGGACCCUGCUGGCAGGACUACUUACUUCAUCAGCACUGACAUCAGCAACACCGUGGAUAGCCACACUGGGCGUCGCACCCCUGGUAGCUCACCGGAUAAUCCUGGGAUUCGUGCAUGGCCUGAGUAUGCCAUCAUCGGUCGCCCUGGUGGCACGAUGGGCGCCCCAGCGUGAACGGUCGACCUUCGUGGCGCUGGUGUUCUGUGGCCGGUACAUGGGCAUUGUGGUAGCCACUCUGCUCUUUGGUCACCUCUCCUCCAUCUCAGUGGCCGGAGGAUGGCCCUUUGCCUUCUACAUGUCCGGGCUACUGGGCUUCUUGUGGCUAGCACUGUGGUACUUCCUGGCCUUCGACGAUCCUGCCCACGACCCAAAGGUGUCCGCUGCAGAGCUUCGCAAGAUACAAUCAUCGAAUGGUGCUGGACCACUCAAGGCCAGCACAACGAAACGGCCGCUUCCCUGGCGUGCUGUGUUCACGUCAGCACCUGUGUGGGCCCUGGUGGCAGCGCGGUUCUCCAACUUGUGGGUCUCUCUGCUACUGUUCACCAAGCUGCCAGCGUACGUGGAAGGCGUUCUUGGGAUGUCCCUGAGUCAGAACGCCAACUUCAGUGCUCUCGUGUUUGCCUUCACCAUUGUGUCGAUGCUGGGUUCGGGCGUGCUUGCAGACUGCCUGCUUCGUUGCGACCUGCCGACCACUCUUGUGCGAAAAGCAUUUCAGCUCACUGCGAACUUUGGUGCAUCGCUGUGCCUUCUGUGCCUGACUUUUUCGGGAACGAACCGUUCACUCGUGCUGUUUCUGCUGGUAAUUGGCAAGGUCACCUUGGGUGCCUUCACAGCUGGCAACGCAGCUGCAGUUGUCGAUAUGGCUCCCAUGUACUCAGCUACCCUUAAUGGGAUGAUAACAACAUUUGGACAGACCACAGGAGUGCUGGCUCCUUUGGUUGCUGGUCUCCUGUCGUCCUCUGCGAAAAGUGAUAAAGUGACGCAGUGGACACACAUCUUCUACCUUGCAGCCUCUGUUAGUUUCGUUGGCGGUGUUGUGUUUGCAAUUUAUGGCUCGGCCGAGCGACAGCCUUGGGCCGACCCAGGCCAGUGUUGCCACCGGCAAGCGUCAACAAUCUUUUCCGCCAUCGAACUGUGGCGAUGCAGUGGCAUCUGCCGAGGAAGGCACCAUCGCAGCAAGUAUAGCCCUCCUUGGUACGCCAGUAUCGCCAGAUGCCGGAGAUAUGUCAACCGCCAAGAAGCUGUGACACUAAUCAAGAUCUCAAAGACUGCUUCAUUGUUGAAUUUCGUCGAGACUACUUGCUUUUACUGAUGGCAACGGAUGUGGUCAACGUUUUACAACCUGCUGUGCAGACGUGCCAAUCACGAUUCCCGUUCGGGUUUGAAACACAAGGUUGAUUCUAAGCAGUUGGCUAAGCCUGGUGGUAUGUUUGGCUGGUCAGCAUUUUGUGCUCUGUACAGAACGAGAUCUACACAAGAUUGUGCUGCAUGACACAAGUUUUACUCUUCAUUUAUCAUCAUUAAGCAGUGGCAGCACAUUUGUUUAGUUUAUUUGGAGCAUUGCAAUCAGAAGCACUCAUAUUCAAUUGACAUGUCCGGUGACAAUGACAUUGGCGGCAAAUCCUCAUCUUUGUGGUGAGUGUGGGUUCAAGACUGGGCCGUAUCAGCAGUCAAGUUGCGGGUUCUGUGUUCCCGUGAAUUUAGUUUGAACACAACAAACAGCAAGCGUAUCGCAAGAAGGACACAACACCCCAAGUGCAGCUUUUUAUGUUGGGAGGUGUUUCGUGCACCGUUCUCGAAAUCAUCAACUUGCCUGGGCUUUGACCGUGGGUUUGAAAGUGAGUGCAACAUAGUCACAAAGUGCCUUGUGUUCAUAAUGUUCUGGAGUACUCUUUGAGAAAGUUUAGGUGUUACUCAGGUUUGCAGUGACCACAUGCAUAAGCUAAGGAAUGUCACACAUUACUGUUGCAUUUUAGCAAGUUAUCAAAAGUAAGAGCCGAGUGCCAUAGAAUGUGUGAAAUAUUUAUGUGCAAAAUGGUUAGAAACAGUAAAAAAUAGUAAAUUAUUGUGGCUAAUUUAGAACAAUCAGGUUUAAAUUUGCACAUACUGGCAAAUUUCAAGCAAGCAAACCCUUCUUCCGCCAGUCUUAAUAUUAGCAAAGUCAGUCAAGGGGGACAGGGGUGGUUGACAAGAAUGGCACCAAAAUGGAAGAUGAUGAAAGCAAGGUUUUUUGUUUAUCAAAAAAAAAUGCUCAAAUGGGCAUGGACUUCCUAAGAAGUCCUAAGACUCCUGUUCAUGGCGUGGUGCAUUAAAACGUCAACAAACAAACACAUGAAACACUAAGGAAAUACGAUCAGAAUGCGGAAAGCCGGGUGCAGAAGCACCUUUGACAAUGAGCCCACAUCUAUGCAACAACUCUGGGCAGCAGACACAGAUCUGAGAGAGUUAACUUUUGCUUACUAAUUGCAUUAUAAAGUUCUAUUGUUGAGUUGGAAGUACAGAUCUUUAAUUCGAUGCUCUUUCUCCCAGAAAUGUAAAGAUCCUAAUGAAGGUUGUGGGCCAAGUUAGGGGUGCCAUCGUUUUAUAGGACAGAAAAAAAAA